AUGGCUCGUAAAACGGGAAGAAAAGCUAGGUCCAAGCCCGAACCCAAGGAAAAUCCAUAUGGACGCAAUGAAGUCGACGAAUUCGCUGAUAAACGGGAGAAGGUUUUACUAGAAAGGGCCAAUAUGGGAGCUGAAGCUAGCGAAGAAGACGAUGAGCAUUUGCUGGAGGACGAUGACGAGGAAGAAGUACUUGGGGUUGAAAGUGAUGACGAAGAAGACGAAGAGAACGAGGCUAGCGAGGCCGAUGAGGAACUGGACGGCGAGGCAGCUUUCAGACAGGUGUUUGGCCGUAAAAUGGACACUGGCGAUUCCGGGGCAGCAGAAGAUGACGCGGAUACCAUGUUGGACAACGACACUGCAUGGGGCUCAACGAAAGGCGAAUACUACGGUGCAGACGACCUUGAUGACGAUGAAACUGCAAAGGAGAUUGAGAAAGAAGCCCUGCGUCAACAGCGUAAGCAUCUUGCAGAUCUGGACAUGAAUGACUACCUCGACGAAGAAGUCGAGCAAGACUGGGCUCAGAGUGCGAAAAACUUUACUUUGGGCCAAUUCCAAGAAGCUACUAACGCACAACGCGCCGGUGAUACCACAACCAAAGCCAAAGACAUUUUUUCCAUGGAGCCGGAGGCGAAAGAGCGCCUUCUGCGAACCUGGUGCCCCGAGUUUUUCCCUUUAUCGAAAGAGUUGGCCCGGUGGUCUCCCGAGCUGGAACAUUUGAAUAGCCAGCAGCUGCCAAGCCGGUCUUCUGCUUUGAAGAUUGCGGCUCUUUCGUCCUAUCUUGGAACCAUUUCAUCUUAUUUCGCCUUACUAUUACACGAGGUUCAAACGAACGACGACUUCGCCGGAAUGAAGGAUCAUCCUAUAAUGGAGUCUAUCCUUACGUCCAAGGAAAUUUGGAGACAAGCACAGGAACUGCCGGAGGACGUUUCAGAAAAUCAGGAUGAGCAACAGGAAUCAGAGAUCGACGAGCCAUCAGAUCUCGAAACACUAGACGAGGACCUUCUCAAAAAUGACGGACACGAGCAUUCUACUGACCCUAGUGAGCAAGAAUCGGCCUCUGAAGAGGAUGAAGAUGACGCAUUUGAUUUCGAUGUCACUGAGUCUCGUGUCGCCAAGAAGAAAGAGGACGUUUUGCCCAACACUGAGAUAGACGAUUUUGUUGAAACUGAGACCGCAGACGUUGAUGCACAAGAAAAGAAGGCUCGCAAGAAAACUCUGCGAUUCUACACAUCUAAGAUCGAUCAGCAAGAAAACAAGAAGAUUGACCGUUACAAAGGUGAUGAUGAUAUUCCAUACAAAGAGAGAUUAUUUGAAAGACAGCAGAGGCUCUUGGAAGAAGCGCGCAAGCGAGGCCAAACAGCGUCUGAGAAUACCCAGCUGGAUGCUCGAGAGUAUGAUUCGGAAGAUGAAAAAGUCGCAAAUACAAUUAAUCAAGGCUCCUCGACUGACUACUACAGCGCUACUCAGCAGGCUGGUGUCAACAAAAAGCAAGCUCGCCAGCAGGCGCACAAAGAUGCUGUGUUGGCCAACAGAAGUGGGAAACUCGCGGAGCUAUCUGGUGAAAUGGAUGACAACACGAAGCGUGCUGUUGGGUACCAAAUAAUGAAAAACAAGGGUCUAACACCUCAUCGUAAGAAGGAUAACCGUAACUCGCGUGUUAAGAAAAGAAAGAAGUUCGACAAAGCACAAAAGAAGCUCAAGUCUGUUCGUGCAGUUUAUUCUGGUGGACAAACUGGCUCUUACGAGGGUGAAAAGACAGGUAUCAAGAAAAAUCUCACAAGAUCCGUUCGGUUCAAAGAUUAA